AUACUUGGUUGUCACCUCGGAGUGCGAUUGUGGAAUACUGGACAACGGGCAUUGUGUGUCUUUUUUGGAUUCAGUGUUCAUUCGGGAUGCCUCAUGUCAUUCGAAUAGGGGGCAUUUUUGAGCAAACAGAAGGUUCGCCCAGCGGCCCGGUGAGUUCAGAGGAGCUGGCCUUUAAGUUCGCCGUCAACAACAUCAACAGGAACAGGACGUUACUUCCCAACACAACGUUAACGUACGACAUCCAGAGGAUAAACAUUUACGACAGUUUUGAGGCGUCCAGGAAAGCCUGUGACCAGCUCUCUCUAGGCGUAGUGGCCAUCUUCGGCCCGUCACACAGCUCCUCCUCCAACGCCGUGCAGUCCAUCUGCAAUGCCCUGGAGGUGCCGCACAUCCAGGUGAGGUGGAAGCACCACCCCAUGGACAACCGGGACACCUUCUACGCCAACCUGUACCCCGACUACUCCUCGCUCAGCUACGCCAUCCUCGACCUCGUGCAGUUCCUCAGGUGGAAGACGGCCACCGUGGUGUACGACGACAGCACAGGCCUCAUUAGACUACAGGAGCUGAUCAUGGCCCCGUCCAGGUACAACAUCCGUCUGAAGAUCCGCCAGCUCCCCCUGGACAACACGGACACACGGCCGCUGCUGAAGGAGAUGAAGCGCGGCCGUGAGUUCCGCAUCAUCUUCGACUGCAGUCACGCCAUGGCGGCCCAGAUCCUCAAGCAGGCUCAGAUGAUGGGAAUGAUGACAGAGUACUACCACUACAUCUUCACCACUCUGGACCUCAUGGCUAUUGACUUGGAGCCGUACCGCUUCUGCGGCGUCAACAUGACCGGCUUCCGCAUCCUGAACGUGGACAACCCCCAGGUGGCCUCCAUCAUGGAGAAGUGGUCCCAGGAGAGGCAGAUCCCCCUGAAGCCAGACUCGGGCCUUCUGGAGGGCAUCAUGACGACAGACGCUGCUCUGACGUAUGAUGCGGUCCACAUCGUGUCGGUGUCCUACCAGCACCAGUCGUCGAUGACGGUCAACUCGCUGCAGUGCCACCGGCACAAGCCCUGGAGGUUCGGCGCACGCUUCAUCAACGGCAUCAAGGAGUCGCACUGGGAUGGCCUGACCGGGCGCUUGUCCUUUAACCACUCCACCGGCCUGCGCACUGACUUUGACCUGGACAUCAUCAGCCUGAAGGAGGACGGGCUGGAGAAGGUGGGCAAGUGGAGUGCAUCAGUGGGGCUCAACAUCACCGAGGUCUCCAGGCGGAAUGGGAUGAACAUCACCGACUCGCUCUCCAACCGCUCCCUGGUCAUCACCACCAUCCUGAAGGCUGACCUGGCCGUGGCCCCCCUCACCAUCACCUACCUGCGGGAGAAGGUGGUGGAUUUCUCCAAGCCCUUCCUCAACAUGGGCAUCAGCAUUCUGUACCGCAAGCCCAACAACACCAACAACGGCUUCUUCUCCUUCCUCAACCCCAUGACGCCCGACAUCUGGGUCUACAUCCUGCUGGCCUACCUGGGCGUCAGCUGCGUCUUGUUUGUCAUCGCCAGGUUCAGCCCGUACGAGUGGUACGAUGCCCACCCCUGCAACCCUGGCUCUGACGUGGUGGAGAACAACUUCACCCUGCUCAACAGCUUCUGGUUCGGUGUCGGCUCCCUCAUGCAGCAAGGCUCAGAGCUGAUGCCCAAAGCCCUGUCUACAAGGAUCAUUGGUGGCAUCUGGUGGUUCUUCACCCUCAUCAUCAUCUCCUCGUACACGGCCAACCUGGCCGCCUUCCUCACCGUGGAGCGCAUGGACUCGCCCGUGGACUCCGCCGACGACCUGGCCAAGCAGACCAAGAUCGAGUACGGCGUGGUGCGCGAUGGAGCCACCAUGACUUUCUUUAAGAGGUCCAGGGUGUCCACCUUUGAGAAGAUGUGGGCGUUCAUGAGCAGCCGGCAGAGCACGUCGCUGGUCAAGUCCAUCGAGGACGGCAUCCAGCGGGUCUUGAAGUCCGACUACGCCCUGCUCAUGGAGUCCACCACCAUAGACUACGUCACCCGCCGGAACUGCAACCUCACCAAAGUGGGAGGCAUCAUCGACAGCAAAGGCUAUGGCAUCGGCACGCCCAAGGGCUCGCCGUACCGUGACAAAGUGAGCAUCGCCAUCUUGAGCAUCAUGGAGGACGGGCGCCUGCACAUGCUGAAGGAGAAGUGGUGGAACGGCGACCACUGCCAGCAGGAGGCCCGCUACGAGGCCGGGCCCAUGAGCAUCCAGAACCUGGGCGGCAUCUUCAUCGUGCUGGCCUCGGGCCUGGUGCUGUCCGUCUUCGUGGCCAUCGGCGAGUUCGUCUACAAGCUGCGGAAGACGGCGGAGCGGGAGCAGGUCUUUCUGCAAUGCGGUGGUGGACGAGAUCAGACUGUCGUUCACCUGCGAGAGGCGCGUGAGGCACAAGCCUCACCAGCCGCUGGCCUCCCUGCCGCUCUCGCCGCCGCCUCCGCCGUCGCUGCCGCCGCUCACGGCGAAGACGGACGCGGUGAUCAACAUGCACACCUACAACGACCGUCGCCUGCCGGGAAAGGACAGCCUGAGCUGCAGCACCGCCGGGAUGACGCCCGUGUUUCCAUGACGUGCCUGGGCGACGGGCACCUGCGGCACGUGCCCGGAGCGGUGGCGGGCGGCGGCAUCACCGGCGGCGUGGCCGACGCCAGGGAGUACGCCGCGCUGCCCGAGGGCUUCGCCACGUUCACGCUCAGCCGCCGCGACCUACGGAACCACCACCCGACCCCCGCGAUGACGCAGACCCUGACGACGGCGAUGCACGCCAGCCAGAACGGAGGCAGCGGCUCCGGCGGCGGCGGCAGCGCCACCGUCAACCACGCGAGCACCACCGACCACAUCCUCAAGCCACUCUACCCCACCCGCGAGAGAGAGGGCGGACGCUCCGUCUCCUUCCUGUGAUGGCCGACAGGCGACAGGAAACCGCUACGGUUAAAACUUCAACAAAAACAGACAAACCAGACCACAAAACACACAGACAGAUAAUAACAAAAGAGAAACUAUCUACACCCAAUGUCCAAUGUUUACGUACAAGACACACUCUGGCGACAAACACAACCAUCCAGUAAUCAAUGAAAUAGACAGAGCCCUAAUGUCAACAAAGUAGUAAAAAGUAAUAUUUUAAGAGACACUUCAACGGAUUCAUGGAAUACGGACAGACAACUAACUGGCUUCUGUAAGCAUGGCAAUAAAUGAACUAGAGACAGACAGAACGGGGGUGAACGUUUUGUUGGGGAAAUUCAAGAGGCCAAAACACAGCACAUCCGAUUCUUUCCAAUCAGUGUUGUGGGUUUCUCUUUUGUUUUUGAAACAUACAAGCGGACCCUCCUGUGGUGAAGUGAUGAAUCCCUGUGCUGGUUGUUGGACGCGUGGGGAAGUAGAUCCUCAAACUGUGCCGAAAGGGCGCCAAGAUCUCUAGCGCGGCUGUCGAAGGACAACGGGCGACUCCCACACACACAGAGUCGGAUUGGGUGCAGA